ACCGAUUAAAUUUGUAGCGUUCGUUUAAUGAAACUGGGUAUUGAAAAUAAACUAGAUAAAGUUCUUGAAUUAGCUUAUCAAGGUAUAAACUACUUGAAUUUUUGUCGUACGAACUUAUUGGUUUUGACAAAAAGAGCCAUAGCUUAUUUUGAUAAUCGUCAUCUGUAUUGUCGACUGUCACUACUAACUUGGAAGUUGGAAGCAGCUUUAUCACUAAUUUUGUGUUCGAAAUGGGAACUGCCGCAUUCCAGCUUUGUGCAGGUUUAAAUUUAAGCGCUUCCAAUCAUCUUCAUGUUCAAGGGAGUACCAAUUCCAAGUUCGCACCUCAAUCAGUGAGAGCACUUCCUAUUCGUAUAUUAUCCGUGGGAAAGAAGCGAUCACGUGGAUUGCAACUCGUGGUUGACGAGUAUGUUGAAAAAAUCAAAUACUAUUGCAGUGUUGAGGAUGUUCUAAUUCGAUCAAAUCCCAGAAAUGCACGUGACCAAAGGGCUCAGGUUGACGACGAAGACAUGGCAGUGAUGAAUCUUAUAAGGUCUGAUGAUUGGGUUGUGAUGUUGGAUGAACACGGAAGAGAUCUACGGUCUGAGCAAAUGGCAGAGUUGGUGGCUGAUGCAGGAAAUACUGGUGCUUCACGUAUAUCUUUCUGUAUUGGUGGACCCUAUGGUCAUGGAAGAAAAAUAAGGGAACGUGCUAACUUAUCAAUCAAGUUAUCUUCAAUGGUCUUAAAUCAUCAAAUAGCAUUACUUGUUCUUGUAGAACAGCUUUACAGGUCAUGGACAAUUUUAAGGGGACAAAAGUACCAUCAUUAGAUAUUCUGUCUUAUUUUGUUUAUCUUUCAUAUACUCUCUUUAUGAUCUGUCCAAUUUCUUCUAAACCUUUAUAUCUUGUCUAUUUCCUAGAUAUUUUUUUUAAAAUUUUUUUGAGGGGGACAGAUUCAAUGUCUCUGUAUCACAGUAUGUAUAAUUCAAUGGGAGUUACUUUUGCCGUCUUACCAUUUUCUCAAACAUUGUCCGUUACUUAAGUAGUGGGUGACAUUUUUAGCUAAAAUUUCUCAUUUUAAAACAUCCGCUAGAAAGGAGUGUGCCUAGAAAA